AUCCCUCCCGCUAUGAACGAGAUAUUCCCCAUUGCAGGAGUGCCCUCGGCUUCUGACGAGCCUGCACUUGAUGACAGUCCAACCACCGAGGAACCUUCCGCGCCUGAAGACGAGCCUACCAUCGCUUCCACUGUGGGGGUACCGCCAACAGCAGAAGAAGUCACUGCUGCGCCCGAAGAAAUCACCUCGAAAGCGGAGGGGGCCAUCCCAGUUUUCGAAGCGGCCCCCGCCACUCCCGCGGACCCAAUGAUUGACAAUACCUCAUCUCCUGAGGGAACUACAAUCGUCGCCGAGGAGUCAACUGUUGAGUCUGACGCUUCCGUAACUGGACUACCCGUGGCUGUUGAAGAAUCCGCUCCUGCUGCAAGCGAAGUGCCGGUCGUCGAAGUUGUUCUCGAAGAGGUCCACGCUGCCCUGGAGCACACUGAAGACGCCUUGUUUACCAGUGAAGAGACUAAGGAAGAAAUUGAGGAUCCGCAACAUGCAGAGGCAUCCGUGUCUUUGCCUGAGCAACCCUUCGUAGAGGAGUCUUUCCCUACAGCUCGUAUCGUUGAGGAGUUCACGGCCGUACCCGUAGAGGGGUCCGAGAUUUUAGAGGAGCUGCAUGUGGUCACCUCUCAAUUUCCUGUCAAUGGGGAGUAUUCUGAAGUCGACAAGGACUUGGAGCCUCCAAUUACACAUGCAGAGACCAAAGCAGUCGAGCAACCCGAAACCACCGUAGUCGAAGAGGUCACUGAACAGCAAGAGAUUGCGACAUCCCCAGCUCUCAACGUUGCUACCGACAUUGAACGUCCCAAUUCACCAUGGACCCCUUCUUACAGCGUCAUCACUCAAGGACCAGGCGUUCCCGUCGAGGAUCAUGUGAACGUCUAUGAAGGCGAUGAUGACGACGCUGCUCCUACCCAGUCACAAACACCCGAGAUCAUUAUCGAUGAAGUAGCCGCGGUCGUUCCAGAGAUUACAGCUGAUGUGGAAGUGUCCGGACAAUCCCAAGUUGAGGUUUUACAAUUGACAGAAGAACAGGUUAGGCUCGACGAACCGGAAGAGCCUUGCCUUAAAUCACCUUGGACGCCUUCUUACUCAGUGACUGUACAAGGCAACGUUGCUCAGACUAAUGAGGGACUUGAUGACUUGGAGCAACUUCCCCCAAGUGCUGCCCAGUUUGUUGCAGCUGAAGGAUUUGAAGAGCAAUCUGUUCCUUUCGCAGGAGCACUCAUUUCUGGCGAGGUAAUCAGUUCUGCCACAAUCGUUGCAGACAUACAUGCUACGCUUUCGGCAAUGCUAGACGAGUCAGAUAUUCCUGAUUCAGCGGCUCCCCAGGAUGUCGCUUCGGAGCAAGGUAUCAUCGCUCAAGCAGAACCUUCGGUACCGACUCCACCUACGGUGGAGGAAGUGCCUGAGGAGGACAUUGAACAGGGAUCGUUCAUCGUCGUCGACGAGAGUACGCAAUUGGGUGCUACCGACCCUGACGGAGAGUGCAGUAGUUCUCCCUGGACGCCGUCCUACUCAGUAACUGGACUUGAACCAGCAUCUGCACUUGACGGUCAAGCAGCUGCUAAGGACGGCGAGUUUGUUGAACAUGGUUCAUUUAUCAUUGAGACCCAACCACCUGCUGUUGUAGAGGAUGUUCCUGAGGUUAAAUCUGACUCAGGGCUUCUGACGCCCGUCGAUGACCCUGUUGGAGAAAGACCAAAGUCGCCGUGGACCCCUUCGUACUCUGUCACCAAGCAGGGACCGAAUGAUAGUGUUGAAGAAGCGGAGGAGCUUGACGAAUUAGAGCAUCUGCCUGGUCCACUCUCUAGCGCUCCUCCCUUUGUGGCUGACAAGGAGCCCAUCCCGCCUGUCCUCAUCACCGAGACGCGAGCGUCUGUAGAUGAGCCUACCAUGGCAGAGACUCCCUCGUGCUUCGAGGGUGACGCGACUGUUUCAGACCUCUCCGAGACAUAUGACGACGUUGAGGCCAGUGGAGCUCCAAUCGCCCGAGAGAUUUUCCCUGUUCUCGAAGAGCCACGGAAAAUCGCCAACAAGCCAAGCUUGUCUGCCGUCGACGAGCUCAACGCCGCCGAGGUCACCGAAUCCAGCACCCUCCGCAUCGAUAUUCCCGCCAACAACGGAGCCAAUCGCAACAGACUGGAGUCCACUACCUCUUCUCGUUUCUUCCCUGGUGGAUGGUUCUCCUCUUCACCCAAGGUUCCUGAAGAAGGUCGCACAUCGCUCGACGUUGCAGCUGGAGAAUUCGUUCAUAAGUCCUCAGUCGAAAACACUCCAACCACUGCUCCAACCACUGCCCUCCCCUCCGCUGUCGAGGAAGACAGGGAAAAGAAGUCUCGUUGGUGCACAAUCAUGUGAAAGGCAGCGUCCGCCACCACCUUAUGCAUCUGAAUUCUUGAAACUUAUCAUCGUUUUUAUCAUUUUCACUCUCGUUCUCUACUCUACUUUCUACUAUGCAUGACCCUUAACGACAAGCAACGACUGCAUAUUCAUAUUUACUUUCAAGCGGAUUCUGAUACUGACAUAAACCUCUUGUAUUUCGGCUAAUUUUCACUCUUGUCAAUACGCUGUUUGCACUUGAAGCCUC